GCCACCAUCGCGGAGGUGCCGCUGCUUCCCUCAGACGCUCGCGAGCCGCCCCCCGCGCUCCGCAGCCUCUCGCCACGCCGGGCCUCGGUCCCCGCCUCCUUUCCCCGCGCCUCGUCCCCCUCGCGCGCUCCCCGCCUUGUCUCCGCCUCGUUUUCUCUCCUAGUUGAGAGGAAAGGGGGAGAGAGAGAAAAAAGCCUCCCUCCUCCUCCUCUUCGUCCUCCUCCUCCUGUGGGAGCCCCUCGCCCUCUGGGGGGGAAGGAAAGGGGAAAAAAAAAAGCCAACACAAAACCAGACAUGGUCCUGGGCUCCCGCUGCUGAAGGCUUGGCCCGCCCGAGGAGCUCCGAGUCCCGGCAGGGAAGCCCCGCAGCGCCCCCCUCCCUCCCCUUCGGCGUCGUGUCCCCGCGGGCCGGCCCCCCUCGGCCCCGCGUCCGCCGCCCUCCGUCCGCCGCCGGCCCCCGCGGCCUCCCUCCCGGUCCCAGCACUUUCCCCGGAGCCCGGCCGCCACCCCUCUCAUUGAUGGUGUAGCGCCUGAGGGGAAGCAUUUUUGAAGCGUUGGGGUUGUUGGAGUGGUUGGAUUUUCCCUGGAAUUGAGUGAGAAAUUCAGAAGACUGAAGCCCAGGCUUACUGUCUACCUUUCACGGAGGCCUAGCCGUGAGAGGACAGAAGAAGGCACGUGGCGAAUCAUGACAGCUGACAAAGAUAAAGACAAAGACAAAGAGAAGGACCGGGACCGGGACCGGGACCGAGAGAGAGAGAAAAGGGACAAAGCAAGAGAGAGUGAGAAUGGCAGGCCUCGAAGGAGCUGUACCCUGGAAGGAGGAGCCAAAAAUUAUGCUGAGAGUGACCACAGUGAGGAUGAAGACAAUGACAACAGCGCCACCACAGAGGAGUCCACAAAGAAGAACAAGAAGAAACCGCCUAAAAAAAAGUCCAGAUAUGAAAGGACAGACACUGGGGAGAUAACAUCUUAUAUCACUGAGGAUGACAUCGUCUACAGGCCAGGAGACUGUGUGUAUAUCGAGAGUCGACGACCAAACACACCGUAUUUCAUCUGCAGCAUCCAAGACUUCAAACUGGUCCACAGCUCCCAGGCCUGUUGCAGAUCUCCAGCUCCUGCUUUGUGUGACCCCCCAGCAUGCUCUCUGCCGGUGGCGUCACAGCCACCACAGCAUCUUUCUGAAGCCGGGAGAGGGCCUGUAGGGAGUAAGAGGGACCAUCUGCUCAUGAACGUCAAAUGGUACUACCGCCAGUCUGAAGUUCCAGAUUCUGUCUAUCAGCAUUUGGUUCAGGAUCGGCAUAAUGAAAAUGACUCUGGAAGAGAGCUUGUCAUCACAGAUCCAGUCAUCAAGAACCGGGAGCUCUUCAUUUCCGACUAUGUGGACACAUACCAUGCUGCUGCCCUGAGAGGGAAGUGUAACAUCUCCCAUUUCUCUGACAUAUUUGCUGCUCGAGAGUUUAAAGCCCGAGUGGACUCCUUCUUCUACAUAUUAGGCUACAACCCUGAGACGAGGAGGCUGAAUAGUACCCAAGGGGAAAUUCGAGUUGGCCCCAGCCAUCAGGCCAAACUCCCAGAUUUGCAGCCGUUUCCUUCUCCAGAUGGUGACACUGUGACUCAGCAUGAGGAGCUAGUCUGGAUGCCUGGCGUCAGUGACUGUGACCUCCUCAUGUACUUGAGGGCAGCAAGGAGCAUGGCGGCAUUUGCAGGGAUGUGUGACGGAGGCUCUACAGAGGACGGCUGUGUCGCAGCGUCUCGGGACGACACCACUCUCAAUGCACUCAACACACUACAUGAAAGCAGCUACGAUGCUGGCAAAGCCCUGCAGCGCCUGGUAAAGAAGCCUGUGCCCAAGCUGAUCGAGAAGUGCUGGACAGAGGAUGAAGUGAAACGCUUCGUUAAGGGGCUCCGGCAGUACGGCAAGAACUUCUUCAGAAUCAGAAAGGAGCUGCUUCCCAAUAAGGAAACCGGGGAACUGAUUACCUUCUAUUACUACUGGAAGAAGACACCAGAGGCAGCCAGCUCGCGUGCCCACCGCCGGCACCGCAGGCAGGCAGUGUUCAGAAGAAUUAAGACUCGCACAGCAUCCACCCCGGUCAACACACCUUCCAGACCACCUUCCAGUGAAUUCUUGGACCUGAGCUCAGCCAGUGAGGAUGACUUUGACAGUGAAGACAGCGAGCAGGAGCUAAAGGGGUACGCCUGCCGCCACUGCUUCACCACCACCUCCAAAGACUGGCACCACGGGGGCCGGGAGAACAUCCUGCUCUGCACCGACUGCCGCAUCCACUUCAAGAAGUACGGUGAGCUGCCACCCAUCGAGAAGCCCGUGGACCCCCCGCCCUUCAUGUUCAAGCCUGUCAAGGAGGAGGAAGAUGGGCUCAGUGGGAAGCAUAGCAUGAGGACGCGGCGGAGUCGGGGCUCGGGACAGAUGUCUACACUACGCAGUGGUCGGAAGAAGCAGCCCGCCAGUCCUGAUGGCCGUGCCUCACCCAUCAAUGAAGACAUCCGGUCCAGUGGCCGGAACUCCCCCAGUGCUGCUAGCACCUCCAGCAAUGACAGCAAAGCAGAGUCCGUGAAGAAGUCAGCCAAGAAGGCGAAAGAAGAGUCUGCUUCCCCUCUGAAGAGCGCCAAGCGUCAGCGGGAGAAGGUGGCCUCGGACACGGAGGAGCCUGAUAGGACCACCUCCAAAAAGACAAAGACCCAGGAGAUCAGCCGCCCCAACUCUCCCUCUGAAGGCGAGGGGGAGAGUUCGGACAGUCGCAGUGUCAAUGAUGAGGGCAGCAGUGACCCGAAAGACAUCGACCAGGACAAUCGCAGCACGUCCCCCAGUAUCCCCAGUCCUCAGGACAAUGAGAGUGACUCGGACUCAUCAGCACAGCAGCAGACACUGCAGGCCCAGCCCCCCUCCCUGCAGGCUCCCAGUGGGGCUGCCUCAGCUCCCUCUGCCCCUCCAGGAGCACCCCAGCUUCCUGCCCCAGGGCCCACACCCUCUGCCACUGCAGUCCCUCCACAGGGCUCCCCUGCAACCUCACAGCCCCCUAACCAGACUCAAUCUGCAGUAGCACCUGCAGCCCACACUCACAUCCAGCAGGCACCCACCCUGCACCCACCGCGGCUCCCCUCACCCCAUGCUCCACUGCAGCCUCUGACUGCACCCCCCAGCCAGAACACCGCACAGCCUCACACCCAGCCCUCCCUGCAUGGUCAGGGCCCACCUGGCCCUCACAGCCUGCAGGCUGGACCCCUGCUACAACACCCAGGGCCGCCUCAGCCCUUUGGACUCCCUCCCCAGGCCUCCCAAGGCCAGGGCCCUCUGGGCCCCUCCCCAGCAGCUCAUCCUCACACCACCGUACAGCUUGCAGCCUCCCAGUCAGCACUGCAGCCCCAACAGCCCCCAAGGGAGCAGCCCCUGCCUCCUGCACCCUUAGCCAUGCCUCACAUCAAACCCCCGCCCACCACACCGAUUCCCCAGCUCCCAGCACCACAGGCCCACAAGCACCCACCCCACCUCUCAGGGCCCUCCCCCUUCUCCAUGAACGCCAAUCUGCCACCGCCGCCAGCCCUGAAGCCCCUCAGCUCCCUGUCCACACACCACCCUCCUUCUGCCCACCCUCCACCCCUGCAGCUCAUGCCCCAGAGCCAGCCCUUGCCCUCCUCCCCUGCCCAGCCCCCUGGGCUGACCCAGAGCCAGAACCUACCACCCCCUGCUCCUGCCCAUCCCCCCACUGGCCUCCACCAGGUGCCCUCCCAGCCCCCAUUCCCCCAGCACCCUUUUGUACCUGGAGGCCCUCCUCCCGUCACCCCGCCCACCUGCCCCUCCACUUCCACCCCACCUUCCGGGCCCAGCACCUCCUCACAGCCGCCCUGUCCUGCUGGCUCUUCUGGAGGAGGUGUUCCAGGGGCGCCAUCUUGCCCACUCCCUGCUGUGCAGAUCAAAGAGGAGGCCCCGGAUGAAGCAGAGGAGCCAGAGAGCCCUCCCCCACCCCCCAGGAGCCCAUCCCCGGAGCCCACUAUAGUGGACGCCCCCAGCCAUGCCAGCCAGUCUGCCAGGUUCUACAAACACCUGGACCGUGGCUACAACUCGUGUGCACGGACAGACCUGUACUUCAUGCCUCUGGCUGGAUCCAAACUAGCCAAGAAGAGGGAGGAGGCCAUUGAGAAGGCCAAGCGUGAGGCCGAACAGAAGGCCCGAGAGGAACGGGAACGGGAGAAAGAGAAGGAGAAAGAGCGAGAGCGAGAGAGAGAGCGGGAACGGGAGGCAGAGCGAGCUGCUAAGGCAUCCAGCUCAGCACACGAAGGCCGUCUUAGUGACCCUCAGCUCAGUGGUCCUGGUCACAUGCGACCCUCCUUCGAGCCACCACCGACCACAAUUGCUGCUGUGCCCCCAUACAUUGGGCCUGACACACCGGCCCUCCGGACACUGAGCGAGUACGCUCGGCCCCAUGUCAUGUCUCCCACCAACCGCAACCACCCCUUCUACAUGCCCCUUAAUCCCACUGACCCCCUGCUGGCCUACCACAUGCCCGGUCUCUACAAUGUUGACCCCACCAUCCGGGAGCGGGAGCUCAGAGAGCGAGAGAUCCGGGAGCGGGAGAUCCGGGAGCGGGAAUUGCGGGAGAGGAUGAAGCCAGGCUUUGAGGUGAAGCCACCAGAGCUGGACCCCCUGCACCCGGCCACCAACCCCAUGGAGCAUUUUGCCCGGCACAGCGCCCUCACCAUCCCUCCUGCAGCUGGCCCCCACCCCUUUGCCUCUUUCCACCCGGGUUUGAACCCUUUGGAGCGGGAGAGACUGGCACUGGCAGGUCCUCAGCUGCGGCCUGAGAUGAGCUACCCAGACAGACUGGCGGCCGAGCGCAUCCAUGCCGAGCGCAUGGCCUCUCUUAGCAGCGACCCCCUGGCACGGCUGCAGAUGUUUAACGUAACUCCACACCAUCACCAGCAUUCCCACAUCCACUCCCACCUCCACCUCCACCAGCAGGACCCUCUCCACCAAGGUUCAGCAGGCCCAGUUCACCCUUUGGUGGACCCCCUGACCGCUGGUCCUCAUUUGGCUCGCUUUCCCUACCCUCCUGGCACCCUCCCCAACCCUCUUCUUGGACAGCCCCCCCAUGAGCACGAGAUGCUGCGCCACCCAGUUUUCGCAGAGCGUGUUUUGUGCUUGGCAGGCACUCCCUAUCCCCGAGACCUGCCUGGGGCUAUCCCACCCCCCAUGUCAGCAGCCCACCAGCUUCAGGCCAUGCAUGCCCAGUCAGCCGAGCUACAGAGACUGGCCAUGGAGCAGCAGUGGCUGCAUGGCCACCCGCACAUGCACGGUGGCCACCUGCCAAGUCAGGAAGACUAUUACAGUCGACUGAAGAAAGAAGGUGACAAGCAGUUAUAAGUUAUUUAUUUGUUAAUGCUGGCUGUGGAAACCCCAGUUCUAGGGGGCAGAAACAGGACUUUACAUCCAGUAGGAGCUGCAAGAGCAAAGAGGAAUAUCGUCUAAAGAUUUCUCUAUAUAUUUAAAACCCACAACUAAAAACACAUCUGCAUAAUAGUGUUCGUUUGUUGAGAGGAUUUCCUGAGACCUAUUUGGGUCUCCCUGCAUGACAGUCCCCCAGAAACUUGAUGUGUCCUGGGCUGGACUGACACCCAGAAAACUUCCCUGCGAUCUUGGGGUUUGGCUUUAGUUCUUUUCCUUGAUUUCUCAGUAGGUGCUGGAGUCCGUUCACACCCUUCACUGUGCGCGCAGACACUGAGGCACGUGGGCUCUGGAACCCACGAGGUUUGCAGAGAGGCGGCAUAUGAGUUUGAAAUCCAAGAGCUAUAAUUUUUAAAAAAUCUUUUAUUUUAAUACAUUGUAGGGGAUCUUCAUAAUUUGAGACCGUUCUGCAGCAUGGCUUUUUACAUCUGUAAAUAAAUAAUUUUAGAAGCCUUUUUUUUCCUUCCACAGACGACUAUUCUGAUCUAUUUUUUCCAGCCAUGUCACAAAGUGUGAAUUCCUACCAGCUAUUGACAGAAUACAGAGUUGAUUUUUUAAUAAAAAGUUAUAUAUAAUUAUCCCUUUAAUUAAAGGGAACAGAUGGGCGUUUCUAGUUUCAAGCAGGCAGGAGCUUGGGGCUAGGUUUGGUCAUAGCAGUGAGCAUCCAGGAGUUGGCAGGGACAGUGUUACAGGCUCUUUUACUUUGCUGCUUUGAUUUUGCUUCUGUCUGUCCCUCGCAUGUGCAGUGGCAGGCCUGUUUGAGCGAGCCUCCUUCCUUAUUCAUAGGAGUUUAGUGUUGACUUUGUGUUCCCUGGUGUCCCCGUCGUCCUGUCUUUGGUAUAGAAAGCGCAUGUUUACUUGUAUGUGUCUGAAGAUAAGUUUCCUUAGAGUUGUAUGCACAUGUUUGAUUGUUCUAGAUAAAUUGUCAUAAGCAGUUUAGGGAGUUCAAGAAAUGACAUGGUGCACGGCACAUGAAAGACCCAGGGCAUAUGCUUGCCCAAGGAGCGUUAGAAACCUGUGACUGUGCGUGUCACCAAACCAUGCCUGCCACAGCGAGGCUGCUUCAGAGUGAGGGACACCCUGGGGUUAACGUGAUGUAGGUUUGGCCUGUGGUUUGGGCUAUGCAGUAGGCUGUAUAGGUGAUCUGCAUCCUCUGUGUGUCCUGUGUUUCCUCCUGGAAAAGGAUUGGGAGUCGUCGUUGGAGCAGGCUCCCCUGGGAAAGCCCUCUCCAGCAGGCCCUUGGGGAACAGUCCUGGGCAGAGCUGACUGCCACUGAUGGGACACUUUUCCCUCCAGAGCCAAGUGUGACAUGCCUGUGUGACUCCUCUCUUGGGCUCUGAGGGCCAUUUCUACUCUCAUAUGCAGUGGCUGCAUAUAGGAACAGCCAGCCAGUCACAAGGUGUGUCUUGGCCCUGUGGAGAGGAGAGGCUCGCUGUUAACCUGGCAUUCACCCUGCCCCAGGCUCUGACUCAGGUGCGCCAGGGCCUCAUGCUCCCCGACAUGAGGCAGCUAGGAUCCAUUUGUCUGUUGAACAUGUUUGUAGGGUUUUUUGUUUUUAUUUUUUUUAACUUUAUUUUUCUCAUUCCUUCUGCCUUAACUUUGGUUCUUCAUAGGAGGCGAGCUCAAGUUAACCUUUCGUUAUCAAACUUCUGGCCACCAUGGCAUGAAGGCAUUUGUUUUCUCCUGGGGGUGGUGACAUGCUCUCCAGAUGGUCUCCUGCCCUGGACUGAGGAAACCCUCUUCCUCAUGAGCUCUGCCCAGGCAGGUUCUUGCUGUCCCAUGUCACCUCCUCCUUCCCCCCUUUAACGGAGUCUGCCUUUCAGUUAAGCCUUUAUCCCCUCUCUAGUACCCAGUUUCCAAAGAGAACGAGUGAAGUACUUUGAAGUCUGAACUUGAAAUCUGUCCGGAAGUGUUUCUUUGUUAGUUUUGGGUUUCUCCCCUGUCCCAAGGUGAAGCGCUAAGUUCAUGUCCUCCGUGACCGACUGGUUUGUUCGGAGGCCCUGGACUUUCAUGGCAUCUUUGAAGCCCGGCUGCUUGGCUUCCUUUUGGAUUUUCCUUCCUUUCAUUUGAAGUUGGGUUUGCUUUCUGUGUUCUGUAUGUAUCUUGUUCAGUGUCGUCAAGGUUGAGCGUCACGUCUCACUGCAGUGGAGCGAGCGGACAUUCUGAUCGCUGCAUUUCUUUAGAUCUCGGAGCUAAGUGUACAUAUGAGUAGUUUGCCAUGAGAUAACACAGUGUAAACAGUAGACACCCAGAAAAUCGUGACUUCUGUGUUCUCUCCAUUUGAGUAUUUUGUAAUUUUUUUGAAAUAUUUGUGAACAUAAAUAAAACCAAGCUACACUACA